GUAUAACUAGUGACGAUGGUCUAGAGAAGUCACUCACGAGUAUCUAGAUACGCGGCAUUGAGUUCUGUAGCACCAGGAUCUGUCAAUUUGUCAGAACAUCAUGCAGAGUAACAUCCGAAUGUCUCCCAUUGGAGAACAAUCUUUCACUCAGCAUCACUCGCUAUAUGCCGACAUGAUUGUCCGUAGUUUCAAGACUGCGAUGUUUGUUUCCGGAUACUGUAGGUAGAGUAAGUCACGAGAUCUCAAAAAACAAUGGGAUGGUCAUCUAGGGUUGUGACGUCAUCUAUACGACUGACCGAGCAUUCAUCAACCUCAGACUCUGGAGAUGCUUCAAUCACACCAUGGAUGUACAACAUCUCACCCUCGACCCCGAACAUGUACAGCCUCCAACCCGGGACCUGCCAUCCGGCAAAUCCCUACCUCACAACCUCCCAGACGCAAAGGAGAUAAAGGUGCAUCCGCGAGGCACUGACGGCGAAGAAAAUGCGUCGCUAUAUUUUGUCGGGACAGCGACGACAAUAUUAGAAUGGGCAGGAAUUCGGAUCAUGACUGAUGCAAGUCACGGUCUCUCUUGGACAUGAAUAUCCUUUAACAGAGGUACAGCCAAAUUUCCUUCAUGCCGGUGAUCAUGUCCAUCUUGGACCAGGUGUGUCUAGUGUACGCCAAACCAAUCCGGCGGUAGAUUUGCAUGAUUUACCUCGGAUUGAUCUGGUCCUGCUAUCUCAUUAUCACGGAGACCACUUUGAUCAAACAGUCGAAGCGUCUCUACGCCGAGACUUGCCCAUCAUAACUACUCCUCAUGCAAAGACACACCUUACAUCAAAAAAUCCACAAGACUCAUUCUCAAAUGUCCAUGCAUUGGACUUUUUUGAGGAGAUGAUCGUGGAUAUUCAGAGCAGUAUUAGCAAAAGACCGCAGAUUCGUAUCAGAGGAAUGCCGGGGAAACAUGUUCCCACAAAAACGCUCCAGAAAGUGAAUGAUAUCGUUCAAGCGAUUCCCCCGACAAAUGGGUGGAUGGUCGAACUCGGCCAUGAGGCCGAAUCAGACUUCAAAGUUGGCUAUCGAAUCUACAUCUCCGGCGACACCCUUCUAGUCGACGAAUUAAAAGAAAUCCCUAAACGAUACGCAGGUCAAAACAUCGACCUAAUGCUCAUCCAUCUCGGCGGGACGACGGUCCCUUCUCCGUCGUUACUGCCCAUGGCAGUCAUGGUGACUAUGGACGCUAAGCAAGGGUUACAAUUGAUCCAAUUGAUCAACCCUGACCUUACGAUUCCGAUCCAUUAUGAUGAUUAUGAUGUCUUUGCGAGUCCCUUGGGGGAUUUCAAGGCUGAGCUUGAAAGAGCUGGAUUGGGGGAUAGGGUUGUGUAUCUUGAUCGAAGUGAUCAGUUUAGGUUUAGGGUUUCUGAUUGAUCUCUCUAUAUACUUGGUCUGAAUGCAUUUAAUUCUGUGCUG